AUGGGAAUGAAGAGACAAACAACAAAGCUGUUGCUGUGGCUGUUGAUGUUCCUCUCUCACACUGUGCCAUUCAGCUAUGAGAGAUCAAUGAGAGAGCGAGCUAUCAGGCUGAUGCAAGAUACGCAUUUAAUCGAUGGCCACAAUGACUUUGCACUGCAGCUGAGAAUAUUUUACCAAAAUAGACUCAGUAGAGUCAACUUAAGAGAAAUCAACAAGACCCACUCAAACCUUGUGAAACUUCAGGCUGGUUAUGUGGGAGCUCAGUUUUGGUCAGUGUAUGUUCUUUGCAGCGCUCAGAACAAGGAUGCUGUGCGUCUGACCUUAGAGCAAAUUGAUGUUGUCAAGAGGAUGUGUAACAGCUAUGAAGAGCUUGAACUUGUGACAACUUCCCAAGGUAUCUCUGACAGCAGAAGGAUUGCAUGUUUGAUUGGAAUAGAAGGUGGUCACUCCAUUGACAGCAGUUUGGCAACGCUGAGGAUGUAUUAUGACCUUGGUGUUCGUUACAUGACUUUAACGCAUUCGUCUGAAUCAUCAUCUAAAGGAAUACACAACUUUUAUCCUAAUGUUACUGGUCUGACUGCAUUUGGCCAAGAAGUGGUAAAAGAGAUGAAUCGCCUGGGUAUGCUGAUAGAUUUAUCUCACACUUCAUGUUCCACAGCAAAAGCUGCACUGAGUAUCUCAAAAGCACCAGUAAUUUUCAGCCAUUCCUCAGCAUUUUCUAUAUGUAAUCACUCUAGAAAUGUUCCUGAUGAUAUCCUCCAGCAGCUGAAAAAGAACAAGGGAAUUAUCAUGGUGACUUUCAAUGCAGAUGUACUGGCCUGUGGCAAAAAAUAUGUUAAUAUUUCUACCCUUGCAGAUCACUUUGACCAUGUGAAGAAAAUUGCAGGUUCAGAAUCGAUAGGAAUUGGUGGUGACUAUGAUGGAGUGGAGCGCUUCCCUGAGGGACUGGAAGAUGUUUCUAAGUACCCCUCUUUGAUUGAGGAACUUCUUAGAAGAGGAUGGAAUGAAAAUGAACUGAAAGGGGUCUUAAGGGAGAACUUUCUCCGUGUCUUCAGGGAAGUGGAAAACGUGCGGAGCAUUAGUGGACUAAUGGAUGCAGGUGAAAGUGAAAUUCCACAGAAAGAAGUACAAAAUUCCUGUCGCCUAGACCUACACAAUCAUCAGCUUCAGACAACCAAGUCCUUUGGAUUUUAUUCUGUGGCACAACCUUUUAGUCUGAUGGUUGUAAUGGUAUCGUAUUUAAUACUGUAUUAUGAAUGGUAAGACCUAUGGAGUC